GGUAGAGCAGCCCUGAUUAAUGUGAUAAGGAAGCACAGAACAGAGAGAACAGUGAGAGCAGAGAUGGAGGAAGCUUUGCUGGGGAAGAAUGGAACAGGCAGAGCUGGGAAAGAAGAAGACAUGGCGGAGAUCAAGAGCGUGAAGCAGUUCGGUAUUGCAUGGGCAGAGGAGAACAAGCGUCUGUGGUACUUGGCCGGCCCCUCCAUCUUCACCUCCAUCUGUCGCUACUCCCUCGGCGCCACUACCCAAGUCUUCGCCGGCCACCUUACCACCCUCGAGCUCGACGCCGUCUCCACCGAGAACAUGGUCAUAGCCGGCCUCGCCUUCGGGAUCAUGAUGGGGAUGGGGAGCGCCCUGGAGACGCUCUGCGGGCAAGCCUACGGCGCGAAGCAGUUCCACAUGCUCGGCGUGUACAUGCAGCGUUCGUGGCUCAUCCUCCUCGCCAUGUCCGCCUGCCUCCUCCCUGUCUACCUCUUCGCAACUCCUCUCCUCCGGCUGUUCAAGCAGGACGAAGACAUCGCGGUCCUCGCCGGCCGCUUCGCCCUCUACAUGAUCCCCCAGUUGUUCGCGUACGCCCUCAAUUUCCCCAUCUCUAAGUUCCUGCAGGCGCAGAGCAAGGUCUUGGUCAUGGCCGGCAUCGCCGCCUUCGCCCUUGUCUUCCACGUCGCCCUCACUUGGCUCCUCGUCGGCUACUUCCGGCUCGGCCUCCCUGGUGCGGCGGUGUCUCUCAACUUGGCCUGGUGGACCGUGGUGGGAGGCCAGUUCGCGUAUAUCGCCAUGGGGAACUGCCCCGGCGCAUGGAACGGCUUCAGCUGGGCAGCCUUCACAGGAUUAGGCUCCUUCGUGUGGCUUUCCAUUGGAUCUGCCAUAAUGCUCUGCCUCGAGUUCUGGUACUAUAUGAUACUAAUCGUCCUAGUUGGCCAUUUGAAAGAUGCUCAAAUUGCAGUUGCUGCCGUAUCCAUCUGCAACAACAUCAAUGGGUGGGAGUUCAUGGUGUUCUUCGGCUUCAACGUAGCGAUCAGUGUGCGGAUAUCGAACGAGCUGGGAGCAGGGAGGCCUCGAGCGGCUAAGUUCUCGAUCCUUUGCGUCCUCAUCUCGUCCUUGACGCUGGGCAUCAUCUUCUUCAGCUUGGUGUUGGCUUUCAGAGAUGUCUAUGGAGUUCCCUUCACCAACAGCGCCGACGUGGUGCGCGCCGUCUCCGACCUCGCCGUCGUCUUCGCCUUCACUCUCCUCCUCAACAGCGUCCAGCCCGUGCUAUCCGGUGUUGCAGUAGGAGCAGGGUGGCAGUGGCUGGUCGCCUACGUUAACCUGGGUUGCUACUAUGGAGUUGGGAUCCCGAUAGGGGGCCUUUUGGCAUUCUAUUAUAAUUUUGGGGUUAAGGGAAUGUGGAGUGGCAUGCUGGCUGGAGUGUGCUUACAGACUGUAAUUAUAGUCGCCAUCACGGCAGGAACCAAUUGGAAAAAGGAGGCAAUGAAAGCAGGUUCUCGAAUAAGGAAGUGGGGAGGAGAAGAUGAAACAAGGGAUGGUUCUGGAGUCAUUGCGGGACCUCAAAGGCUCACAUAACCAUAUCAGAAGAAGCUCAAGGUCAAGAAGAUGCCGUGUUGUCAUUAUAACUACGUUUGAUUUGGCAUAAUAUAAUAAACAUUAUAAUGUAAUUAAAUUUAUUAUAUUUGGCAUACAUUACUAUAUGUUUGAUGAAAGAAUUGUAUUAUUCAUGUCAUCUUUAAUUAUUACAUUUUUU